AUGUCUCCAGAUGAUUCUGGUGAAUUAGAUCCUUCCAAAAUUAUAGACCAAUACAUUGUUGAGCAGAACCUCAUAGAUUCUUUUGCAAGAAGGGUCAUGGAAAAGAUCAAGACCAAGCUUAGAAUUGGAAAAAUCAGAAGGAAGAGUGUGACAAGGAAGACAAUCAAGACGGAUCACACAGUAGCACAUCAUUGUCUCAUAGCUGACUACUUCAGUGAAGACCCUCUUUACCCUGAGAGCAUGUUCCGUACAAGAUUUCGUAUGGGAAGACCCCUUUUUCUUCGCAUAGUGAGUGCCCUUGGAAGGUGGUCUCCUUACUUUACACUAAAGGUAGAUUGCAGUGGUCGCCAAGGGCUCUCACCUUUACAGAAGUGCACAACUACAAUGCGCAUGCUAGCGUAUGGCAGCCCUGCUGAUAGCCUAGAUGAGUACCUUAAGAUUGGCAAGAGCACGUCCUUGCAGUGCUUGGAUAUGUUUGCACGAGGGGUGAUUGAAGUAUUUGGUUCAGAGUAUUUGCGACGUCCCACAUAUGAGGAUGUGGAGCGUAUACUUCAAGUUAAUGAGUCUAGGGGCUUCCCUGGGAUGCUAGGCAGUAUUGAUUGCAUGCAUUGGAGGUGGGAAAAAUGCCCAACAGCAUGGAGAGGGCAGUUUACCCGCGGUGACUAUGGAGUGCCAACAAUUAUCCUCGAAGCGGUUGCUACUCGUGACCUCCGCAUAUGGCAUGCUUUCUUCGGUGUCGCGGGGUCAAAUAAUGACAUCAAUGUGCUGAACCAAUCCCCACUAUUUCUUGAUGUGCUGAAAGGGGAAGCUCCUAGAGUAAAGUUUUCUGUCAAUGGUAAUGAGUAUAACACAGGAUACUACCUUGCUGAUGGAAUAUAUCCAGAAUGGGCUACCUUUGUGAAGUCAAUAGCUGCUCCACAAACAGGGAAGCACAAGCUAUAUGCACAGUAUCAAGAAGGGGCAAGGAAAGACGUGGAGUGUGCAUUUGGGGUCCUGCAGUCCCAUUUCAAUAUUGUGCGCCACCCAGCACGGUCAUGGAAACGGAAGAGUGUUGGGAGAAUCAUGAAAGCUUGUAUUAUUCUCCAUAAUAUGAUAGUUGAAAAUGAAAGAGGGGGGGGUUAAAAUUCCUAUUGAUCUGAAUGUGGACCCUGGAGCAUCGGUUGCUCUUCCUCCUGAAGUAACUACUGGGCACAA